AAGUUUGACGUUAACCGGCUUAUUGACAUCAUAUUUUGUGAUUCUCAUAUUUUAUUCGCUAAUUUUUUGUGUUUCCGUAGCGUUAUUGCACAAGAAGAUUCUGAUUGCUGUUUUGCUGAUUACCAUGAGCGACGGGAAAAAAGCACUGUUUAUUUGUCUCGGUAAUAUUUGCCGAUCGCCAAUCGCUGAAGCGGUGUUUCUUAAGAUCAUUAACGCAGCUGGUGUUGCUGACCAGUGGGAGGUAGACAGUGCAGCCAUCGGAUCCUGGCAUGUAGGCCGCUCUCCCGACCAUCGAGCAUUGGCAACUAUGAAAAAACAUGAUCUUCCGUACAGCAACAAAGCGCGCCAGAUUACGAAAGCGGACUUUGACCAUUACGACUACAUUUUUGGCAUGGAUGGAGAAAACAUAACAGACCUUAAGGAGCGGGCACCGCGCGUAGAGUGCAAAGCUAAAAUUUUGUUACUCGGCGACUUCGAUCCUCAACAACCCGGAGCAAUUAUACGUGAUCCUUACUACGACAACGGAUCGGAAGGAUUCGAACAGUGCUACGUGCAAUGUGUACGGUGCUGUAAGUCAUUUUUGGCGAAAUCGCAAAAAGCCGAGGUCUAACAAUAUUGGUUUCGGAGUUUUAAAUGUGUCUAAUUCACUAAUGGUUACUACAAUAGUUCAAUCGUUUCAAAGUUUUUUUCCGUAAACCGACAGGUGUUAAAUUUCAACAAUGUUCAAUAAACCGUUGUCGAGCUUGUUCUAAU